AUGGCCCAACCCCCACUCGAGACGUUCCAGAUCGGUUGGAUAUGUGCCCUACCGAUCGAGGCUGCCGCCGCCAAAGAAAUGCUAGAUGAAAGCUUUGGUAUUCUCGACGUGCAAGAUCCAAGCGACUCGAACACAUAUACCUUAGGUCGAAUCGGCAAACACCACGUCGCGAUCGCCUGCCUCCCAGCCGGCCAAUACGGAAUCACGUCGGCCACGACUGUCGCAAAUAACAUGGUUCGCACCUUUUCGAAAUCUCUACGGGUCGGAUUGAUGGUUGGCGUUGGCGGUGGAAUUCCGUCGGCGGGUCAUGAUAUUCGGCUUGGGGAUGUUGUGAUUAGCUGCCCGGAAGGCACUUCUGGCGGAGUGCUUCAAUACGAUAUGGGCAAAGUUAGUACGAGCGGAGAAUUUCAUCGAACUGGCUCUUUAAAUAGCCCCCCUAGGGCACUAUUAGCAGCAACCAACUUGAUGAGGGCCACCGAGCUCACGGAUGAUCCUUGCUAUCCUGAAUUUCUCCUCAAGGCGAUCAGUAGAACGGCACGUACUCGAAAGGCCUUUGACCGACCACAAGAAGACCGGCUUUUCAAAUUCGAACACAUUCAUCCUACGACUGUGAGCACUUGUGAUGGGUGCCUGGCAGAAUGGGAAGAAACACGAAGUGAACGCGAGACCACUGAUCCACAAUCACACUAUGGUAUUAUUGCAUCUGGAAAUGCUGUCAUCAAGGAUGGAUAUACACGCGAGCAGCUUAGGCUAGCCACUGGGGCCUUGUGCUUUGAGAUGGAGGCAGCUGGCUUAAUGAUGGACUUCCCUUGUGUUGUUGUUCGCGGAAUCUGUGAUUACGCCGAUACACAUAAGAAUAAGCAGUGGCAAGGAUAUGCGGCCUUGGCAGCGGCGUCAUAUACUAAGGAGCUGUUAGGGUAUAUACCCACAACUCAAGUGUCGCAAGAAAAUUUGGUGGUAGAUAUGUGCUCCGGACUCAAAGAAGAAAUUCAAGGUACCAAUAAGCGCUUAGACCGAGCAUACGAUCAACAAGAACAACACCAUAAUGAGCAGAAAACAAGAUCUUUAACAGAUCAGCAACAACGUUGUCAUCAAGUUUUCAAGGUUGCAAACUACGAGGAGCAAAAGAAUAUCAAUCCAAAAAGGGUAGAAGGAACCUGUCAAUGGGCCCUACAGAGCGCUGAAUAUAUCCGCUGGUGGGAGAGCAGCAGCAAUGAUCUUCUAUGGGCGUCAGCCGACCCCGGCUGCGGCAAGUCUGUACUGGCCAGAUCGAUCAUUGAUGAUGACUUACAAGAUUCAAGCUUGGCAGUGACAACGUGUUUCUUUUUCUUCAAAGAUAAUGACGAACAGAACCAUAUUGAUACCGCACUAUGUUCAGUGCUACAUCAACUCUUUAGCCAACGACCUCAGCUAUUACCCUAUGCGCUCCCGUCCUGGGAGAAAAACGGGGAGAAAUUACGAAACGAGGUUGAUGAGCUUUGGCGGAUCUUCAUAACGGCGGCAUCGGCUGGUGUAUCCUUUAAGACGAUUUGCAUAUUCGAUGCGCUGGAUGAAUGUCGCGAAUCGGAUCAGGCCCGAUUGAUUGAGAAGCUCCAGUCCUUUCAUCAUCAAACAACUUUAUCAACACAGGAUGCCUCCUGUUUGAAAUUCCUGAUCACUAGUCGUCCCUAUGAUCAUAUACAGAAUCAUUUUCGAGCAAUCACUGAUUCUUUUCCGCAUAUACACAUCAAAGGCGAGGAGGAGAAUGACCGAAUUCAUGAGGAGAUUGAUCUAGUGGUAAAAGUCCGAGUGAAAGAGUUAGCCGACGACGUGCAACUACCACUAGAGGCCUACCAGCGAGUCGAACAGCAGCUGCUUCAAAUGGAACACAGGACAUAUCUCUGGCUAUAUCUAGCCAUUGAUGAUAUCCGCACCACCUUUCAGCAUAGCCUUCGACCAGCGAAGAAUUCCAUCACACUGAUACCUCCUUCUGUGACUGCAGCAUACGAAAAGAUUCUAUGUCGAGUGCCAGUAGAUGAAACUCAUACAGUCAAAAAGAUCUUAGAGAUUAUCGUGGCUGCACGACGUCCUCUUACAAUACGAGAGAUGGCUAUGGCGCUAGGUAUUGCUACCUGCUCUGAAGCACGAACAAUAAUGGAGGCUGGGCUGGAUCUAACUCAUCUACUAAGAAAAGUUCGACAACUUUGCGGCUUGUUUGUGUUUACUAAUAACUCUAAAAUCUAUCUCAUCCACCAGACCGCCAGAGAGUUUUUGAUUCGAAAACAAAAUUCCGACAAUCUCCGAGUCACGUACUGGAGCAGCCUAAGUGAUGCAGAGAAUCAGAUGGCGGAGAUCUGUCUGCGGUACCUUUUGAUGGAGGAUUUGGAAGACGAAGAAGGCCAACCAAGCUUAAACGUUCGAGACCUUUUGGAAUACUCAGCAGUACAUUGGGCCGAUCACGUACGAAAAAUGACUUUUAUGUUGGACCAGAAAGCGCAGAAUCGACUACAUUCAAUGUACGAUAUGCCCGGAAAACGGAUUGCCCUGUGGUUUCCUAUCUUUUGGAAAGCAGCAAAUCCAUACAUGAACCUGCCAUCAAUGAAUGCCCUCAAUUUAGCAUCAUUUAACGGCCAUGGGCAAGAGGUUGAGUUCCUACUGGCUGCUCAGAAAUACCAUAUCAAUUCUGCAGACGAUACAGGAACAAAUUCAUUGAUAUGGGCCUCGCAGAAUGGACACGAUCAAGUCGUGCAGAUGCUGUUAGAGCACGGGGCCGACGUCAACGCCCAGGGUGGCAUCUACGGAAAUGCGCUUUAUGUAGUUUCUUCUGGAGGGCACGAUCAAAUCGUGCAGAUGCUGUUAGAGCACAGAGCCGGCGUCAACGCCCAGGGUGGCCGCUACGGAAAUGCUCUUUAUGUAGCUUCUUGUGAAGGACACGAUCAUAUCGUGCAGAGGCUGUUAGAACACGGAGCCGACGUCAACGCCCAGGGUGGAGAGGACGGAGAUGCGCUUUAUGCAGCUUCUUCUAGAGGACACGAUCAAAUCGUGCAGAUGCUGUUAGAGCACGGAGCCGACGUCAACGCCGAGGGUAGCCGCUUCGGAAAUGCGCUUCAUGUAGCUUCUUGUGAAGGACACGAUCAAAUCGUGCAGAUGCUAUUAGAGCACGGAGCCGACGUCAACGCCCAGGGUAGCCUCUACAGAAAUGCGCUUUAUGUAGCUUCUUGUGAAGGACACGAUCAAAUCGUGCAGAUGCUGUUAGAGCACGGAGCCGACGUCAACGUCCAGGGUGGCCGCUACGGAAAUGCGCUCCAGGUAGCUUCUUGUGAAGGACACGAUCAAAUCGUGCAGAUGCUAUUAGAGCACGGAGCCGACGUCAACGCCCAGGGUAGCCGCUACGGAAAUGCGCUCCAGGUAGCUUCUUCUAGAGGACACAACAAAAUCGUGCAGAUGCUGUUAGAGCACGGAGCCGACGUCAACGCCCAGGGUGGCAUCUACGGAAAUGCGCUUUAUGUAGUUUCUUCUGGAGGGCACGAUCAAAUCGUGCAGAUGCUGUUAGAGCACGGAGCCGACGUCAACGUCCAGGGUGGCCGCUACGGAAAUGCGCUCCAGGUAGCUUCUUCUGGAGGACACGAUCAAAUCGUGCAGAUGCUGUUAGAGCACGGAGCCGACGUCAACGCCCAGGGUAGCCGCUACGGAAAUGCGCUCCAGGUAGCUUCUUCUAGAGGACACGACAAAAUCGUGCAGAUACUAUUAGAGCGAGGAGCUGAUUAG